UUAGUGCCGCUCUGCUUUAGCCAAGUGUGCGAGAGCGAUAGAAGAUGACGGCUUGGAGGGUUUUCAACCCAAAUUCUCUAAAAACGCAGAUCGAGCAGCCAGAAUGAGCAUUAUAAUUCGUCUGCAAAAUCUGCCAUGGGCGGCGAACGCUCUGGAUAUCAGACAGUUCUUCAGCGGCCUCCAAAUUCCAGAGGGCGGCGUGCACAUUGUGGGCGGCGAAUUGGGCGAUGCUUUCAUUGCAUUCAGUACCGACGAGGAUGCGCGUCAGGCGUUUCUGCGCAACAACAUGAAAAUCAAGGGUAUUCAGAUCCAGCUGAUGCUGAGCAGCCGGACGGAAAUGCAGCGCGUUAUCGAGCAGGCGCGCAACCAGAGCAUGGCCGCCUUUAUGUUACCGACCCCCUCUACCACGCAACCGCUGGCGACGCCACUUCCGGCUGCCGUUCCCUUGGUGCCUGCCGCUGUUCCUGAAAUCCAGAAGGACAGCGACCGGAAGCGGGAUAGGCGCCGGUCGCGCAGCAAAUCUAGAGAUCGGAGGGACAGAUCGCGUGACCGGCGUGACCGCCGACAUCGCAGCCGGUCCAAAAGUCGCGAUCGGAAAGACAGGAGGCGUGGCCGCGAUAGGAGUAGAAGCAGAAACCGAAGCCGAGAUAAGGAUGGGCGGAGGACAGAUCGGGCCAGGAGUAAGGAAAUGGAGUCCAGCCAGCGAAAGUUGCUGCCAGAAAUCUGGUCCAAUCAAUUGGUGCCCAGUUUGAACAUAAUUCCGCCGCCCGCCUUGGGAGGCGGCGAUAUGCUCAGCGCCGCCCCCUGGGGCCUGAAGACCAACUUGGUGGCAAACUUGGCCAAUCUGCAAGGGGCGGGGUUCGGUCUUGCCAGCUUGCAGGCCAACGCGAUGGACAGUUGGCCCGUUAAUCCGCCCUCAUUCGACAGCUUGAUGGCGAAAACCCACCAGGCCUCACGCGACUUGAACCUUUCAAUGCUCACACCUAUGGAGGCGAUUGAUUUCCGCAACAAGAGCCGCGCCUCUAUGGACAAACGCGGCAACGGCCGCAGAAGCCGCUUUGAGGACGUGGAUGUUCCAGUGGAUGCCUGCGUAUCUCUGGAGCCUUUCUACGGCUCCUACGGUGACCUGCGGCGCUUUUUCUCUGGUUUAAGCAUCAACUAUCGCGGCAUCAAGAUAAUCAACGAUGAGUUUGGCCGCAAGACCGGCGUGUCUUUUGUUCAGUUCCGCGACAUGCUGAACAAGAACAAGGCGCUGACCAUGAAUGGAACCAAGUUGAACGAGGCGGAACUGAAGAUCAAGCACAUCUCGGAUCAGGUGUUUGAGGAGGCGAUCGAUCGCUACAACCCGCGCAUCGACGACGUCAAUCCACCGGAGGACCACUUGAAUCGGCUGCGCAAUACCAAGCUUUUCCUAUCCAACGAGGCGCUGAUCAAAGACUUCACCUGCCUAAAAGUCGAAGACCUGCCAACGUUUGUUAAGGACCAGGAUAUUUUGCACAUUUUUUCGCAGCAUCCGCUCAUUUCUCUACACUUGAACUUCAAGCCGAAGGGCGGCAACGUGGCCUACGUGAAGUUCAGCAGUAAGGAGGUGGCAAAGCUGGCGCUGGAAGAAACCUCUCAUCACGUCAUCCAAGGCAAGGCGGUUACGGUGAAAGCGUGUACAGAUGAGGAGUUUCUCGAGGCCAACCCUCAAACGUCUCUCUUUGAGGAAGGCAGCUUGAAAAACCCCGGGGCUUGUGACUCGCCCGUCCAAAUGCAGCCCGCUGCAGGCACAGACUGUCUAAGCAUGUCGCAUCUGCCCUCCAAGACAACGGACCGCGACAUUUCCGACUUUUUUAGCGACAUCGGGAUCAUUCCGACGAAAAUCCACCUGGUCAGCAACAACGCAGGCUUCACAGGGCUGGCCUACUGCGAAUUCGAGACAGCCGAAGACGCCAGCAAGGGCGUGGCCAAAGACAAAGUGACAUUGGGUGCCAACGUGGUGUCAGUAACGCCCAUCGCACGCAGCGAUAUGGAGAAGAUUCUUGGCAGCUCGCUGCCCCACCCGGGAAUGGGGCCGGGCCAGACGCUGGCGCCCGGCACGCCCCUGCCUCCCAUUACAAAGCGCGAGCCGGAGCAGGCCAAAGACGGUUCGCGGCAGGAUAACAGCGAUUUAGAGGAGGUGGAAAAUCAGCGUGAGGUCGGGCUGAGCAAUCGCUUUGAAGCCCCACCCGAUAGAGCCGAAAAAAGCCACGCAUCCUUCGAUGACGAGAUGUACUUUGAGGCGCCUAGGAAUGCCUUUAAUGGGCGCAGAGGUGGAUUCUUUAACAAUCGGGGGAGUUUUAAUGGGCGGGGUGCUUUCGGUUCUCCGCGGGGGGGCUUUAGAGGAAGACCCGGUGGUCCCGGCUAUCCGCCCCGCGGUAACUAUGGUGCGCCGAGAGCCGCUUCUCGAUUCCCGCCGCGGCGACCGGAAACACCUGACCCCGAAGACAUCCCCGGAUGUACAGUCUUCCUGGAUAAUGUACCGUACAAGGCGGGCACCAAUGAGAUUCUCGACUUCUUCGAAGGCUACAAUUCGACGGAUAACGUGAGCAGGCGCUACAAUCCCGACAACACCCCGAGUGCCGAGGCGAAAGUCAGCUUCUUUAAUCCGGACGACGCGCAGAGGGCUGUAGAGGAACUGAAUGGGAAGAUGAUCUGGGGCAGGUCGAUUUACCUGUCGCAGCAGUAGGCACAGGUCAGAAAAAUAGUCAUAAAUCUACCAAAGUAAGGACUGUAAUUAUUCUGUAAAUUUGCCCGGGCUGUAAAUAGUUAAUUGGGUGAUACAAUGGAUUCGUAAGGCAAUCGAUAGUUGUUAGUGUUAUUUUGAUACAAUAUAUUUUGCUGUACA